AUGAAAACAAAUUGCCAGUUUCGCCCAUGUUGGUCUCAAAUCUUUGAGGCCAAUGACGAACACCUUGAAGCGCCCGGAGGGGUUCCCUUCUCAGGUCUUUUCCUGGGGUGCAGCGCGGUGAUCUAUGCCAUGCGCCGUUCGGGCACGCUGUGGAUUCUCAUGCUUUUGCUGGCCCUUCUCUUGGAACAGGCCUACUUCCUGCAUGAUUGGUUUUUGGAUCUUGCUCCACGUUUGGGCUGCCCAGUGGAUGUCAUUUGGCGUCGCUCCUUGCGACAGCCGCUCGCAGCCCUCACCAUCGACGACGUGCCUCUCCUGAAUGCACCGUCCACCUUGGAGGAGAUCCUCGACGUGCUUAAGGAGAACAAUGUCCGCGCCAGCUUGAUGAUCAUGAGUGGCUUCGAUCUGCCGCUGGAGCAGGGCGGCGCUCCGAAGGAACUCCGUGCGAAGUACCGCGCUUUGCUGGCGCGCGCCGUGUCCGAGGGGCACGAGCUGGGGAACCACCUUCAGUUCGACCGGCCAGCGAUCGCCAUGCCGCCCGAGGACUUCGACAGCGCCUUCGACCACUGCGACCGCCUCAUUGCAGAGCUCAGUGGAGGCUUGGGCCGGCUUUGGACACCAGUGCAGGUUUUUCUGACCUCGGCGUACCAUGGGCAUCCUUCCCCAGUAGAUCCCAGUUACUAUAUAAGGAACCAGCGUUCCUACCAGCACCUCCAAAGCGGUCACCUGGCUGGUUUCGCCCCAGCCCACUACUAUCCGAGAUCUCCAUACUGGAACACCCCGAAAGAAGGUCCAGGUACGGUGAUGGUUUGA